AUGACGGUACGCCUCCCCGAUCGAGAGAACGAGUUUCUCAUUAAUCCUUUUGGCCUAUUGUAUCAUGAAAUAACCGCCAGUACUCUGGUGAAGGUGAAUCUCAAGGGGGAAAUACUUGAUGAAGGAACCACCGAUAUGGGUAUUAAUCAGGCCGGCUUCACCCUGCACUCUGCGAUCCAUGCGGGCCGUGAAGACUUACAGUGUGUUAUUCACCUACACCUACCAUCAGUGGUGGCCGUUUCAGUCAUGAAAUGCGGCUUAUUGCCACUAUGUCAGGAAGCAAUGAUCGUUGGUGAGGUUGCCUACCACGACUAUCAGGGCAUCCUAACCGACCUAGAAGAACGCGAGUCACUGGUGAGAGACAUGGGCUCACAUAAUGUCAUGAUCCUACGAAAUCAUGGGUUUGUCGCCGGUGGACGGACCAUCGAAGAGGCGUUCCAUUUUGCUUAUCACUUGAUUCUCGCCUGCGAAACUCAGGUUCACGUGAGUGGUCCGUCCCUCAUUGAGCAGAUAAUUAUGCCUUCAGAUGAGGCCGCUAGGAAAGCAAAAGCGACUGCUAGUAGCGGAGGUGGUGGCGUGAAUCUGAAAGAAGGCGCUAUCGAUAAGAAGUGGGGAGUGGGCGAGCUGGAAUGGGAAGCAUGGAUGAGACAACUCGAUGCGAUGGUACGUUUGAAGUGGCUUUCCUCUGAGGUACAACCCUUUUUUUAG